AUCAGAAGCACCACAGCAUGUUGCGUUUCCACUGAAACUUUCUUAGCUUUUGUUGUUAUGAACGUAUUUUUGAAGUGAGGUCGUCAGCAGUUACUUUGUUUUAGGAUGGAUAAGAAGAAACGAGACAGAAGGUCUCCAGUUCGCGACAACAAGAUAACAAUUAAACAAGAGAAGCUAAGUCCGGUUAGGCCCGACAGAUCCCGCCGAUCAAGUUCUGGAUCUGACCGCGGCAGUGUGAGUCCUCCCCCGCGGAGCCGCCAUCACCGAUCACCUGUUGGAGGUAAAGACAGAUCUCCAGGAAGAAGGGACCAUUCGUCGGAUAAACAUAGAGACAGGCCGGGCAGAGACCGAAGAAGUCGGAGUCCACGCCCUAGAGCUGAUGAAAGAAUUAAACGGGAAAGAGAUGACUAUCCUGAAAGAGGAAAUAGGACAGAUGGGCGUCAAAUAGAAAGGGAGGGACAGAGGGACCAUCAGAGAGAACGUGAAAGAGGUCAGGAUCGGCACAGAGACAGAGCUAGAGAGCAGGAUGCAGAAAGGGAACAGAACAACGAACGGCGCCGAGAAAACCGUCUUAGGCAGGAGGCAGAAAAUGGAGAUGUAUUUGGUGGUGAAGAGGAAGGAGAUGCUGCUUCUGCAGCAGAGAAAGAAAAGCCCAACUUCGAACUCUCGGGUGCUCUAGUGGAAGAUACAAACACAUACAGAGGGGUGGUUAUUAAGUAUAACGAGCCACCUGAGGCUAGAAUCCCUAAAAGAAGGUGGCGAUUGUACCCCUUUAAAAAUGAUGAGCCACUUCCGGUCAUGUACAUCCACCGUCAGAGUGCUUAUCUGCUCGGAAGACAAAGGAAAAUAGCUGACAUACCGAUUGACCACCCUUCUUGUUCCAAACAGCAUGCUGUUUUUCAGUACAGACUAGUGGAGUUCACACGAGCAGAUGGCACCUCAGGCAGGAGAGUAAAACCCUACAUCAUUGACCUUGGUUCGGGGAACGGCACUUAUCUGAAUAAUCAGCGCAUUGAACCACAGCGUUAUUAUGAGCUUAAAGAGAAGGACGUGCUGAAAUUCGGCUUCAGUAGCCGGGAGUAUGUGCUCCUGCAUGAGUUUUCUGACACAACAGAGGUUGAUGCUAAGCAAGUAGAGGAUGAAGAGGAUGAAGGCCUUGAUGAGUAAUCCCACCAUAAAGAGCCCACCAAAGUAUUCUUUUGUAUCAGACUCUUCCAUUAAAGAGAUUAAACUACACAAUCAGUAGUGCUGUAAAUGAUCCAGAUAUUAAUGAGGGUUUUUUUUUCCACAUGACCAUUAUUGUGAAGAUAAGGUUUAACAAAAUAUACACUGUUCAGCUUUGGCUUAUCUGGUUUAUGUGUAUAAAUGUUUUCUCAGGUGGAUUUCAUAAGCAUCAUAUCAGACAGAUUAGUCUGGUACUGCCCAGUGUCGUCCCUUUAACCUAAGUGCAGAAUGUCACAAAGUAUAUUUUGGAUAUUAUGGAUGCCUAGAUUCUGUUUAUGUAAAUAUCAGGGUGUCAUUGUCUGAUAUCUUUUUGUUUUAGUUUGGUAUUUGUAAUUUUUGAAAAUGUCCAUGUCUUGUUUGCAGACGUUCUGAAUCUACAAGUUGUUGUAUAGCAGUGAAAUCUUGUCUAUUUGCUUUGUAAAACUUAAGACAGACAGAAACUGUUCUGGUCCAAGGUAAAUACAUUUUUGGUUAGAAUUUAUGUUGCAGAUCUUCAUAAAAUUCUGUGUACAAUUUAGAUUUUUUCUACUGUACAAUAAAAAAUGAUAAA